GGGUCAACAUCGCAGAGCUCAUGGAAGCAGCGGAGGAAACUCUCACUUACCGAGAUGGCCCCGGACCUCACAGGACGCUGCUCCAAGGGGACAAGCUUAUUAAGGCGGAUACCGGGGGACAUAUUGAGACAAAAAGUGAGUCCAACUAUGUGGAUCUGGACAUGAGACCGGACGGAAACAAGACUGUGAAAGUGACAUUCACUGGCGAGGGGAGCCAACUGUCUGUCAAAAGUGACGGGUCCAGGCAGGGGGAACGCAAACCUGCCCUGGCGGAGCUCCCCACGGGUAACUCUUUAGACAUGGCUGGUGGUGUUGCUGACCCAACUCAAGCCGAGGAGCAGGACUCCGGGGAUAGGGUCCAGAGCGAGUGCAGUGAGGGGGAUGAGCUCCAUUACACGGACAUGUAUCUGAACAGUCGAACCGAGUCUGACGACGGCACCAGUGUGGCUUUGUCUGACCACAGCGGCACCGACACACUGAAGGACGAAUCUCACUACAUCACCACGCAUGAGAUCCAACUGACAGAACUCGACCAUGACGUUGAUUACGACCUGGGCCGCGGCGCCAGCUGGGAUUUUGAGGAUGAGAAUUUGGUCUAUUCGUUUGUGGAUUACGCCUCGUUUGAAAGCAACAACACCCGAACCGGGACUCUAAUCUUGGAGGGAAAAGUGGGCUCCAAACUUGGCGUGAGUACUGAGCAGGACGACAGCGAUCUGUGUGACUCGGAUAAAUGUGCCAGCUCGGAUGAAAGCCUGUGUAAGAACCACAUGAUUGGAGAUGCUGCUUUGGGGAAAAUCCACCUAUCGAUUAAAACAUCCAGAGAGGAGCCUGCUGGUGUGGUGGAUGAGGGGGGUGCCAAACGCUUCUCUUUUGUGAGAGCUGGAUCACUAGGAGAUAACAGAGCAAAAUAUUUCAUCCCUGCUCCAGGCCGCCAACACCUCGCAACCAAACUUCGACGGAAAGACAUUAAUGAGUAUUCCAGUGGCGCCUCCAGCUCCAUUAGUGAGCUAGAUGAUGCUGAUAAAGAAGUGCGGAAUUUAACUGCCAGGUCAUUCCGGAGCUUGGCAUGCCCAUAUUUUGAUACUAUUAACUUAAGCACCUCCAGUGAGUCAUCCAUGUCGGAGUAUGGUCUAAACAAGUGGUCUGCUUAUGUGGAUUGGAAUUAUGAACGCAUUCCGAGAGGGGCAGAGCGCAGCGUAAUUGCGCACAAGACCUCCAGCGCCACACUGGAAAUGAACCAGACAGCAGAGGGUAAAAGAGCGCAAGCAGCACGAGCUAAUCAGAGGAUAUCUGUGGGUAAACAGGCAGAGCUAAAAGAUCAACAAGGUGUCACAUUGAAUGUGCAGUGCAAUGUAGAAGCAACAGCAGGAACAAGACAAACCAAAGGUACCAGGAACAGGUCCAGUGAGGCACAUGGAGCGGUGUUGGCUCGGUCAGGAUGCAAGAUGCAGUACCACCACACAGACAGCACAGGAAACACACACAAGAGGGCCAUUUUUGCAUCCAGUCUGCUUAAAAACGUCAUUUCCAAAAAGAUGCAGUUUGAACAGGAGCGUAAAAUGGAGAGAGGAGAGAUUUCCGACACAUACCCGGCGCUUGUUUCCCCUAGCUUUCUGGAGGGGGGCAAAGACAGGAGUACAGCCAAGGGCUUUCAAAGGCAGAACUCUGAAUCAAGCUCGGGUUUCACUAAUUCUGGAGACGACCUCCCGUUAGAGGAAGGUAGUAGGCCUGCUUCUUGUGAGCCCACAGAGGAGCAGAAAAGCACCAAGGUUGUAGAGGAGUCCAGCGAAAGGCCAAAAGUGGUCCUCGCCCACAGUCAAAGCAGCGCGUUUGAUUCAUGGAAGGAUGAAGGCGCUGCCAAGGAGGACUCAGACAGAAGCAACAUGUUAACUAAACUCCUGUUUGUGCCGAGCUGGCAGCGUUUCUCCAAAAACAAGGAAGCUAUCAACUCCGACAUGCCUGAGAAAAGCCAAACAGUGCUCAAAACCGGAAACAUGGAGAGUGAAAGCGACAAGGGUGCAAAAACACCCGAGAUCAAAAUAUGCCUGAGAAGCGUGAAGGAAAAUAAAGGCGGGUCUCUGAACAUUGCCAGCCUGUUAACCCCCAAAAUAAACUCCAAUACUGUUAACACUUUUAGGGCAGCGGGUGACGCCAAAUAUCACAUCUUGUCUGCUUCUGAUAAGAUCCCGAAUUUUACCGUCAGGGACAUAAGACACACCAAAUGUAAGUUUCAAACGCCGAUUUAUCGUGUCCGAGAUGUGCGCAAAUUGGUCAAAAGCUCAUAUCACUUUGUUUCUUUGGAUAAUAGCGAUGGUAAAGGCAGCACAGUGGAAGCGGCUGAUAAACUAGACGACAAGACUAAGAAGGAGCCGGUAAAACAAGUGUCGCCUUCUCCCAUUGUCAUUAAAUGCCACUCAGUAAAAACAAAUGUUAAGUCACAAAAAGAAGACGACAUGCCCAGCAUAGCGCCACCUGUUGUCACAAAGCAGUCAAAUCCUGACCAAUCAGAAGCUGAAAAACUAUUCAAGCAAAGACAGGAGAAGUCUGCCGGCGAGGCGGCCGAGUGGAGACUGGAAGCAAGAGUUCCCAAACAGGCUGCGUUGGAGAAAUUGAAAGCUGCCGUUAAAACAAUGGAGCAACUUUACGUUUUUGACCGCAAUGAAUGGAAACGCAAAGCUGAACCACCACAGCCAAUCACAGACAGCCACGUGCUGUCUCUCAUCACCAGUGAGGAGCAAGGAGCCGACGAGGAAGAAACAGCGGCUGAACCUGAAGAUGAAAACUCCACGAACAUUGUUCACAUCCCCUGCGUUGAUGAGCCACAGCAGCCCAAAACUUUCAGCAACAAAAGCGUCCUUCAUCUUGGCAAAAGCAACAAGGUCAGCAUUAGCUCGGCGCUGGCUAGCCCUAUGAAAAGCUCCAAGGCGCCACUCUCGGUGAAAAUAGAACCUCACAAACAAGGGCAGGUGGAGCAGAGAAAGCUCCAAAUGAGUCCCACUAAUCCCAGUGUCACGCCAAGCGACUCAGAGAACUAUUUAACCAUACCAGGCCUGGGCUACACCAGCGACAUCAAAGUUCCCAACAGGGAGGCAGCCUGCACUGAAGUGAAGCCAAACAUCUGCCAACAAGCUGACAUGAAGAGAGUAUUAAUGGCUGAGUACCCAGCUUCUUCUAUCUACCAUCAGCCUGCAGGAGGUCCACAAACACAGCAGGUGUUGUGUUUCUCCCCGCCCAUCACUACACUAUCACCUCCACCUUCUACAGCAGAAGCAGGACUACAGACUCAGCGUAAAAUGCUUCUGGACCCCACCACGGGACAUUAUUACCUAGUGGACACACCCAUACAAGCCCCCACCAAACGACUCUUUGACCCAGAGACAGGGCAAUACGUAGAUGUGCCUCAUUCACCAGUGGCGCCUAUCGCCCCUGUUACGCCUCUGCCCCUCUCAUUGCCGCCCCUCGCCCUCAGCCAGGGAGCCUACGCGCCCACAUACAUGAUUUACCCAGGAUUUAUCCCCUCCCCUACGAUGCUGCCACAGUCACCCAGCCACUCUGAGCAAAGUGACAAAACCUUAAAAAAAAACAGAAGUGCAAAGCAGGAAAUGAAGGAGAGCCCCUACUACAGCGCCACAGCUGAGGCCCCGCCAACGCCUUCCUCCUCGGCCAGAGGGGGCACAGCGAACACAGACAGAAAGCCGAUUAUCAGCAUCACGACGCAACAAGGUCCAAGAAUAAUCGCUCCGCCUUCCUUUGACGGGACAACAAUGAGCUUUGUAGUGGAGCAUCGGUGACCAAGGAGACGUCUCAUUGCACAUAAAUCUCCAUGAAGGACAGUGCCUUCAAUCACAACCAGCCAGCCAGCAUUGUAUUCUUUAGGCACUUGGCUAGGUCAUUUGCUGGCUUUACUGGAUAUAACAUAAAGAGACAUCUACUCUAUCAAGGACAGGGACCAUUUUUCUUGAAAAAAAAGUCACUUAAGUGCACUUACACUCACAUGUGAUUGACAAUAUGUGUUCCAAGUAAAUGCAUGACUGUCAGAAUGCUGUUUCCUCCUGCACUACUGUAGCUCAGUAUGAAAUGCGUGGACUGUGUUUAUCAUAAGUGAAUCAAGCCUGCACCUUAAAUGACACUCCUACAUGGAUGAACAGAUGGAAGACCGGAGCCGGGACUCCUGUUUGAUGUUUAGGGGAUAAAAACAUCCUCUAUUUGUGUUUAUUUUUACACUUUUUGUGUAACAAGGUCUACUGUGUGUGUGUGUGUGUGUGUUGUGACUGCACACAUGCAAGGUCUGUAGGCAUUCUUCAGAAGAGAAGUCAUGUUGUUGGACUGUGAACGUGAGUACAUGUGCAGUAUUAAUGAGGAUUUAAUAGGAAUUUGCAAAAAAACUUUUUGUACAACUCCUACUAAAUAAUUGUGACAUCAGGCCCUGAAGUUAACUGUGCCGACUGCUGAAAAACUGCACUUUUGGGGGAAUAUUGCCCAGCAUCCACAAUCCCUAUGUAAGACAUGAGCACAUAUGUAUUUCUCUUUUCUGUGCGUUCUAAAGGUAUAAAAACAGCUAAAAAAACAGCUCCAGCUCAGAAAACACAUAAUGGGAAGCCUUCUGAGAAAAAAACACUAACAACGCUACAACAAUAGCUACAUUGUUAUUAUAAACACUGUCAUGCCAAAGAACUACAAAACCCCGCCACACCACACAAGCUAGCUCCAAGCUGGCUAGCAACUAGCUUGACCAGAUACUUGCUCAGAGCAUCACACUCACAAUGCCUCAGGCCACUACUGAAAGGUAAGGUCACAUGUUGGCGGUGUUUUAUUUUUGAGUUUGGAUAAAUGAAUGCAAGGUGUUGCGUUUGUUUCUACAUCGUCACGUGAAUCAAUGCACCCGGGAAGGAUGCUCCAGUAAUACUUAAAAGGACCAAAAUAUGGAAAAAUAUGACAUGUUAUCAUGAACGUGUUAGAAGUUUUUGGAGGUAUUUUAUUUCCAGCCAGCACAGGUGUCUCCCAUUAAUUACCAGUCUCUUCUUUUAGCUGUUUUUAUAUCUUUAGAACACAUAGAAAAGAGAAAAAAAUUUUGUUUAUGUCAUACAGGAGGUUUAUAGAUGAUGGGCAAAAUUCACCCCAAAAAAUGCUGUUUUCUUUUAACUUCUUCCACAAUUAAUUGUACUACAAACGAUACACAACAACACCCAGACUAUUGUUUUAGCAGGUUUCCAACCUAAAGGUAAUUGGAGCUGCUGGUCAGACUAUUUGCCUUCCGUCAUGUCGCAUACACACUAGUUGAUUGAAAUGUUAAUGGCUGCAUUUGUUCAAAUAAAACCAUGUAUUGAUUACUAGAAGCAUUUAGAUCUUGUUGCUAUUUUAACGCCAAAGGACGGAUCAUUGAAAUCAUUGAGUAAUUUAUUGUAAAUGUGCAUUUUAUCUGGUGCCCUGAUAUAAACAAAGAGUUCUCCAAUAAACCUCUUCUUCUUAUGCGGACAUGAACAUAAAGGUGAUAAUGAACAUGUUUUGUCUGUCGUAUCCUGAUGUUUCUAUUGAUAUACACAUGAACUGAAGACUCAAGGAACAUA